AUGGGAGACAUUAAACCAUGCCACAAUAAUCCAGUAACCUCAAGUGAAGCCAGCCCUACAAAAAUGUUCCACUUAAUCGAUGUGGAACGAAAGAGAGAAGAAAAGAGAGAGAUAGAGGUUUUUGACUAUGCCAAAAGGGCACAAUGGCUUCGAGCAGCUGUAUUGGGUGCCAAUGAUGGUUUGAUCUCAACUGCAUCCCUCAUGAUAGGUGUUGGAGCUGUUCGACAGGAUAUUAAGACCAUGAUGCUAACUGGGGUUGCUGGGUUGGUAGCUGGGGCUUGUAGCAUGGCCAUUGGAGAGUUUGUUUCUGUUUAUGCACAGUGUGAUAUUGAGGUUGCUCAGAUGAUAAGAGAAGGAAAAGAGACACACGAAGAGAAGUUACCAAAUCCAUUUCAAGCUGCCCUAGCUUCAGGCCUUUCGUUCGCCGUCGGAGCGGCGGUGCCGCUGUUUGGGGCGGUGUUUAUUGAAGAUUACAAGGUGAGGUUGGGGGUAGUGGCGGCUGUUGUAAGCAUUGCUUUGUUGGUUUUUGGAGGGUUGGGUGCUGUUUUAGGUAAAGUACCCUUGGUUAAGUCCUCUUUGAGGGUUUUGAUUGGGGGAUGGUUGGCCAUGGUUGUUACUUUUGGUUUAAUCAAGCUUGUUGGUCAUGUCGUAGAUUGUUAA